AUGGGCUUGUGCGUCUCGCGCUCCCAGGCGUCGGCAGCGGGCUCAUCUGGGCGAAGAGCGGCCACGGCGAAGGUGGUCGGCCUGGACGGCUCCAUGACGCAGUACGCGGCGCCAGUCACGGCGCGCGAGGCCCUGGGGAACGCUGAGCGCAACGGAAACGAGUCGCUCUUCCUGUGCAGCUCCGACGAGCUCCGCUUGGACGCGCCCCCGCGCGCGCUGCCGGACGAGGAGAACCUGCAGCCAGGAUGGCUCUACUUCGUGCUCCCUCUGUCCAUGCUCCCCCUGGCGCUCUCUGGGCAGGAGAUGGCGGCCCUCGCCCUCAGGGCCAGCUCCGCGCUCGCAAUCGUCAGCGGCGUCGCGUCCCCUCCGAGGCGCAAGAACGCGGCUGGCACCAAGCGCAAGCAACGAAAAAUGGCUCGAGUGGCGCCACUCGUCUCCCCCGGCGAGCAGGCCGAACUAGCAGACCGUGAAUGGAGUGAGCACGCGUACAGCAAAUAUGGUGGCGCUGGCAAGACAGUGCGCGGCGGCGGUGCUCAGCCAGCUGGGAAGACGAGAAAGAGAUCGGGCUACAAAAGCCGCAGCGCUCGCCAUCGUCGUCGUGCGGCAGACGACGUGCCGAGGUUAAGCGCCAUUCUAGAAGAAGAUGACUUUUGA